AUGAGGAAGAAUGGAAUAUGUAUUAUAGAAGGAAUGAUAGGAUAUGGAAGGUUAAUUGUAGAAGGAGAAAUGAAAGUAAGUGGUGGAAAGUUAUUUUGCAAUUCAUUUGUAUCUCUAUCAUUGUCCAGGAAUCAUAUUCAAGGAUAUCCAUCCAUUCGAAUCUUCCGUAGAGGAAGUGAUGUCAGAAGUGAACAUGGGCAUCACGAACACGAGUCCUAUUAUGGCGAUCGUGAUACAGAAAGCCUUGUCCAGUUUAUGGAGAGUUUAGUUGCAUCUCUCCCAACAGCAUCUCAAAAGCCAGCUCUGGAAGAUAAGUCUAAUGCUGCAGAAAAUGCAAAAAGGCCAGCACCAUCAGCGGGUGGAUGUAGAAUUGAGGGAUAUGUGCGAGUGAAAAAGGUUCCAGGAAAUUUGAUCAUCUCAGCUAGAUCUGAUUCCCAUUCUUUUGAUGCUUCUCAAAUGAACAUGUCACAUGUCAUAAACAACUUGUUUUUUGGAAAGAAAGUGACGCCUAGGGCCAUGAGUGAUGUGAAGCUCUUGAUACCAUACAUAGGUAGCAGCCAUGAUAGGCUCAGUGGCCGGUCAUUCUCUAAUACUCGUGAUUUCGGAGCAAAUGUUACUGUAAGUGAAAUAUUUUAUAUGAAAAACAGAAAAACUUAUUAUUGUUAGUUGGAUAUUCAGUAU